AUGGCUACUCGCAGACGAGGUUGUACUCGUACUCGAAGAGAGAAUGAAAGUAACCCGUCGACGGACAAUCACACUGAAUUCAUGGCGGUGAUGGCCAACUUAGCUAAUACCAUGGAAGCGAAUGCUGCUGCAACUUUACAAGUUGUGCAGAGAUUGGGUCAAACUGCGGGAAACGGUAAUGGAAAUAUGAACAAAAAUGGGGAAGGAGACGGUAAUGACUUGGGAGGUGCUCCAAUGACUUUGACUUCAUUUCUGAAGGUUCAUCCACGAAGUUUUAGAGGUUCGACCUACUCAACUGAAGCGGAAAAUUGGUUCCGAGCUUUGGAGCGCGUACUACAGGCUCAACAUGUCCCGACUAACCAAUACGUGGAGUUUGCGGCUUAUCAACUGUUAGGAGAGGCACAAUAUUGGUGGCAAGGAGAGUGCCAGUUGAUGCAACUUUCGAACGCAGAAAUAUCUUGGGAUGCAUUUCAAAUGGCGUUCUACAAGAAGUACUUUCCUGAAUCUGCAACAGAAGCGAAGGAGUUGGAAUUUAUGUAA